AUGGAACAUGGCACUAUACUAAGUUCAUCUCAAUGUCUUAGCACAAAGGUUGAGCUAGACAAGAUGAAAGAUAUUCCAUAUGCUUCUGCAUUUGGAUCCAUCAUGUAUGCCAUGAAUUGUACAAGACAUGAUCUUGCUUAUGCUAUGAGCAUGGUAAGCAAGUUCCAACAAAAUCCAGGGGAGAGUCAUUGGAGAGCUAUGAAGAACAUCCUAAAAGAUGAUUGGAAAUCGCAAUCAAGAUAUGUCUUCAUUAUCAAUGGGGAUGCGGUAUCUUGGAAAAGCUCCAAGCAAAGUGUUGUUACACAAUCCACCACAGAGUCAGAAUACAUUGCUGCUUCUGAAGUUGCACAAGAGCUGCUUGGAUGA